AUGGUGGACGUCAUAGAACAACACGUGUUCUUACGAUACUCGCGCCCGCGGAUCAUUCUCUCAGAUAAUGGAAAGCAGUUUCUGUCGGCAGGCUUUAAGGCAGUGAUCUCUAAGCACAACAUCAUCCAUAUGAAGACGGCAUUUUACUGCCCAAUGGUAAAUAACGCCGAGAGGGUGAACGGAGUGUUAAUCAUGUGCACCCGAGCGCUACUAGAUGAAGACUACCGCGGUUGGGACGAGAACCUACAGGCCAUCGUAGCUGCCAUCAACGGGGCAAAGCAUGAAACCACUGGGGUUAGCCCGCAUUACGCAAACUUUGGUAGAGAGCAAAUAUUGCACACUGAUCUAUACACGCAGCAGGAUUUGAACACACCCGACGAUCCCAAAGUGGCGCAGGACGUACGACUUUCAGCGAUUCGCCGGAUUCACGAAUUCGUUAUUCAACGCAUAAAGAACAACCAUGAGAAGACCAAGCAACGAUACAAUCUGAGGACACGGGCAAUCACUUUCAACAUCGGCGAUCUCGUCUGGAGAAGAACGUUUACUCAGUCGUCCAAGGUGGAUCACAUCAACCGAUAG